UUCUGGUGCAGGAAGUUGACACUGUCAUUUGUAGGAGCAGCAGUAUGAGAGAUAUAUUUUAAAAAAAAAAGUGUUAUGAAGGAGUGUACAAGAAGCAUAUCACAGCGCGGAGAGCAGAAGAAGAAGGAGAGCUCAAAGAAGCAGAAGGACAGAGGCCAAAUACGACGACGACGAUCCUGUGUCUUCUGAAAAACUACAGCCUUCAUGUUGAGCUCGUGCUUGUUGAGCUUUCUUAAGGUACAAGAGAAAAGAAAGAGAGAGGCAAGACCGAGAGUGAAAGACAUUUUUUCGUGGUGGUUGCUCUUCUCACAUCACAGCAAGCACUUUGAAGUGAAUCAAAGGUUUUCUGAGGAGGAAAACAGACAAUAUAGUCUGUAACAGACAGAAAAGAAAAGUCAAGACAUAAUAAAAGAACAAAAGAAGACGUAUUUGAUUGUUGGGAGAUCCGUUUUGGAGCCAUGGAGCGAAAAUUGGUCCUGAGAGUCGUCCUUCUCUUCGCUGUCUGUCUUACAAGAAGUCUUGCAUCAGGAACAGAUGGCAAAACAUCUCUUCAUUCUAACAAAACACUGCCCCGCUCUACUUCAACCAAUGAAAGGCUUACAGUUUACAGAAAUGAGUAUGCUGAAUUGGGCACCACUGUCACCUUAAACUGCACCAACACAAAGAUCGCAUGGCGUGACAUGUUUUUUGUCAUAUGGAAAAUUCAUUUGCAAGACAAAGAGUGUAUGAUUGCUGUGGCUAAAAAUGACUCAGACUAUGACACUUGCCAAGAUGGGAAAAAGCUGAACCGCACAUCAGAGGGAACCUACCACCUGAUCAUCCCAAAUUUCUCUGUUCAAGAUGAAGGAAAUUACACCUGUGACAUUUCGUACCAAUCAGGUGGCUCAGUGGAAAAUAUCAAGGUCUCUGCAUUUGCCCGUCCAGACCUAUCUGGCUGGCUGGAAUCUGAGCACGGACACACUGUCGCUGUGUGUGAAGCUAAAGGCAAAUCAGCAGCCUCCAUUCACUGGGAAACACCGUGGAACUCAUCCUCUCCCAUCAUACAAGCAUCUAAGACUCAAGACAAGCUUUUCACAGUGAUUAGCCGCUUACACCUUCCUCGACAUGCUUCUCAUACAAACCUCACUUGUUCGGCCACUGCCAAUGACUCCAAGCACACCAAGACUCGAUUUAGCAGCUUCACGUUUAGAGAUACACAUGUCAAGUGGCCCACAAUACUGGUGGGAGUUUGUGCUACCUGCUCCAUUGUAGCUCUUUUAACUGGAUUCUACAUCAUGCGCAAAAAUGUCAUAGCAUUAAGCGUUUUUAGAAAGAUUUGCUGCAAACCUGAUAUCUCUGCAUCAAAUGAAGAAAAACCUCAGCAGCCCUAUGAUCCUGAAGAAUUGCAACCCUAUGCCAGUUACGUGCAAAGAGUAAACUCCAUCUACAACUCUUCUGCUGAACUGUUCAACGCGUGAAUCACUCCAGACUUACGUGAAUGCACAAAGACGUUUCUGAUAAAAGCAGAUCUCUGAUGUGCCUACGAGGCGUACUGUCAUGAGGUUUGCACUCGGCAAAUGCAGAUUCAUCAGUGCACACCUACUCUGUGGAUGAAAUUACACACGAGGCCUAAUACUGCUCUUAAUGAGAGCUGAUGAAACUCUUUCAAAAGAACAUCCUCCAACAUGCAGACGUGAUGAGAGAAACACAAACCAGAGUGAGUCAAAGUGAAAGAAGGAGUGGAAACAGAAGGAUUGUCUCAUGAUUUGGAAAUUUUGUACUCUCAAUUCAAUUCACAAUAUGCAGAAGCUACACUGAGAGCUGUAUAAUCAGGACUCAGCUGAAACAAUGGAAGUAGAAUAGGGACAUUUUAAAAUAGAUUUUCUCUAAGUGAGACAUGCCAAUAUUGAAUUUGCUGUGUUCUUUCUCCAUGUGAGCUGGGGCAAUAUACAGAAGAUAAGCAGCCUGAUUAGUACUGUACGUUUCAACAAGAAAUCUUUUAAACCACACAUCUUUGUGUUUCCUUAUCAAAAAGAGUUCCAACCAGAAACCUGUAGCAGAGGUGCCAACAGCCAUAGCAGUUACAGUUUUUGGCCACUUGCUACAGCCAUACAGGGGACUCAUGCUUUUUCAGAUAAAGCAGCAAUCAGACCGAGCACAGAUAAAAUUCGUCUGGCAAAAAAGCUAAUUCAGUUGAAAGUUGAAAGUACAUGAGAUGAGAAAGAUGCUCGUUUACUUUUGGUAGCAGUUCCUUUCACUUCAUGCUUUUGUCUAGAUGAAUUUUGACCUGAAUUCACAAGAUGCUUAAAUAUAAAGCUAUAAUGCAUAAAACAAGAAAAAUGAUCUGCCAGUAGAACAAAAAUUUCUUCAGGCGUGAAUGUAUUCAAAUGUCAAGAAAUAGGUUUCUGUGAUUUAUAGUAUAUCUGGUUUAUUGUAAUCUUAUAAUAAGAAAUAUUAGAUAAAUUUGACCAUAUUCAAGAUAUUGUCACAUGCUACAAUGUCAUUUUUUGCACUGUAGGAUUUUCUUGCUAGGCAUGUUGGCACCUCUGCUUAAGUAUCCAAAGAACUUUGAUGGGUUAAUUUUUCUAAGAGUGAAGACAACUGUAACGAAGCCAGACUGGUACUGUAACGUUGUGU